AUGCAGCAAUUGCCACGGCAGUCUUCUGUUAUUGCACCGGGUGGGCAGCUGGAGCAAACACCGCAAAACAUUAGUAGGACUAGCCAACGUGUUACGUCAUACCGUCUCUCUCACGGGCCUCUGGUUGCAACAUGCCCGGACAAUCAGGAUAGCCCCGAAACUCCUCGAAGCGUGGACACGUUCGUCCCGUGGAAGUCUACGCGAACAAUCCACACGCACAGCAGUGGCAGCAAUGUGAUUACCGAUACGAGCGUGGGAGCCGACGGCACUCCACCAGAUCAAACGACAGCUACGUUCAGCUCUGAGUCCAGCCUAAAUGGUGGUGAUACAUCCAUGGCCUUGAUAUCCCGGGACAUCGAGCUCACUGUGACCAUCGACGUCUUGGCGCUGCGAACUGAGUCGCCACAUAUGACUACACUGUUUCUCGAACAUGUAGAGUGCCCUGGCAUCACGCCAUUUGACUCUUGCAACUGGGAACUUGCGAAGCGCUACAUUGUGCAUUUUGGACAAUCCUGUCCGGCGAUUCAUUCGUGCAUCACCGCUGUCUCGGCGCUAUACAAGGGCCACCUAUAUGCUCUCCCCCUUAGCGGUGCCCAGUCUCACUACUAUUCUGCAAAGCGGCAUGUGGAUGAUCUCCUCAACGAUCAUGGCAAACACUUCGACCUCACUUUGGUUGCGAUAUUCCUGCUGUGCUUAUUCGAGUUCAUCCAUGCAGGCGACCUAACACCGCAUCUGCAAGAACCGAGUCCGCUGCUCGUCAGAAGGUUAGAGACAUGGUCUCAAGACGUCUCGUCACACUCAAAGCUGGCUCUACGCAUUGUUGCGUGGCUGAAAAUACUGCAGUCCAGCACGACGCGCGGUGGAGCCACAGGGCUUUUAUCGAAACGUGUCUUUCGCCUGCUUCCAAGCCACGAUGGCCCAAUUCCAGACGUCGAUUCACCACCCGGCCAUGAAGCAGAUGCUUCAAACUACUUGUAUCAGCUGCUCAGUGGCCCCAUUUUUCAUUUCUACUGCCGUCUCCAAGAAUUGUCGCGGCAGAUCGCGAAGCUGACACUCUACCACCGCUCGCGUACGACAAGCAGGGACCAGCAGGAGGUUGUCAACCGUAUGGCUAGUCUCAAGGCCCAGCUUCAUGCUUUAUGGGAAAGCCGGUCAGUGACGCAGUCUCAGUUGGCAGACGAGUUACGCGCCCAGCUUGCUCCUACCAUCGCCAGUCGACUCACAACGCUUAUUUCAAUAUGCAACGCAGCAUAUUUUGCUGAGCUCGUGGAGAUUGGCCGGCAGCUGGGUGACCCGCUGUCAAAGCUACCCGACUCUCGAGACGCGCUUCUCAAGAUCAGAGAAACCGUUGAAAGAGAGUCGACUUUUGGGAACCAAGGCAGCGAGAAUAAUGUGAACGGCGGGUUUCUUCGAGCGCUCUUCCUGUAUGCAAUUGAGAGCACAGAACAAGUGCAGAUACAGUGGGCCGUCGAGAAAAUCGCCCACAUCCACCCUCGCAUCUAUCGAGGUCAGUUUUUUUCAGAAUUCGCUAAAUCAUUGUCAGAGGCACAAAUCCAAAAGGAAAGGCGUGUUACGUCGAGGUAUUUCUGUAUAUGGUACUUCGGAGUAUCACCUCCGUAUAUGUAA